AUGAAUGGGCUUCCAUCAACACCAGGACAAUGGCGAGAAGCGCGCGCCCCCGAUGGGCGCACCUACUACUACCACACCGUCACUAAGGAGACAAAAUGGACCAAACCCACCGAUCUCAUGACUCCGCUGGAAAAAGCGCUUGCGUCUCAGCCAUGGAAAGAAUACACCACUCCCGAAGGCCGCAAGUAUUACUCGAACUCGGAGACCAAGCAGACGGUAUGGGACAUGCCACAACAGUAUCGAGACGCCCUCAAUUCCGUCCAACUUCCUCCUAAACCGGUUCAGCAACCCCCUGCCUUCGUCGCCGGCGGAACUACUGCCCUUUCAUCCUACGCUCACGCGCGCGAACGAGAUGAUCACACGCCCUUCGAUUCGAAACCUCGGCCUGAGAGCGCGCUCUCGGUGCCGUCCCUCACGAAGGAGGUGGUGCCGGACUACUCCAGCUUUGAAGAGGCGGAGGCUGCAUUUAUGAAACUCCUGCGACGGUCCAACGUCCAGCCUGAUUGGACUUGGGAACAGACGAUGCGGGCGACCAUCAAAGAUCCUCAAUAUAGAGCCUUGAAAGACCCCAAGGACAGGAAGGCAGCUUUCGAGAAAUAUGCGGUCGAGGUUCGGCAACAAGAACGGGAAAAAGCCAAAGAAAGGCUGGCUAAGCUACGCACAGAUUUCGGUAACAUGUUGAGAACACACCCCGAGAUCAAACACUACAGUCGAUGGAAAACAAUCCGGCCCAUCAUAGAGGGUGAGACCGUAUUUCGAUCCACUGACAGCGAAGAUGAGCGUAAGCAACUUUUCGAAGAAUACAUUAUCGAGCUUAAGAAACAGCAUAUCGAGCAGGAAGCCGCCGCCCGCAAGUCAGCGCUGGAUGACCUGGUUGCGAUUCUCAAAGCCCUCGACUUGGAGCCUUACACCAGAUGGUCGCAGGCCCAGGAGAUUCUUCAGUCCAACGAGAGGAUACUGUCAGAUGAGAAAUUCAAGCUUCUGAGUAAGUCAGAUGUUUUGACGGCUUUUGAGAACCAUAUCAAAUCGCUCGAGAGGACUUUCAAUGAUGCACGUCAGCAGCAAAAAGCCACCAAAGCAAGACGCGAAAGACAGAACCGCGAUAGGUUCGUGGAACUGCUCCAAAGCUUGAGAGGUCAAGGCAAGAUCAAGGCGGGUACCAAGUGGAUGACCAUAUUGCCCGAAAUCGAAGAAGACCCGAGGUAUGUUGCAAUGUUGGGUCAGUCCGGCUCAACACCUUUGGAUUUGUUCUGGGACAUGGUCGAGGAGGAAGAGAGGGCUCUUCGAGGAAGGAGAAACGAUGUGUAUGAUGUGCUCGAGGACAAACGAUAUGAAGUCACACCUAGAACUUCCUUCGACGAGUUUCUUGAUGUCAUGCUUGCUGAUCGACGAACAGCCAAUAUCGAUCGAGACGCCCUGCAGCUCAUUUUCCAGCGUCUACAUGACAAGGUGGUGCGUAGAAGUGAGGACGAAAAGCACGCUGCAGACCGCCAUCAGCGUCGUGCCGUGGACGCGCUGCGCUCAAGGAUCAAGCACCUGGAACCCCCAGUUCGCAUUACUGACUCUUGGGAGGAUAUCAAGGCACGAGUGGAGAAGACAGAUGAGUAUCAUGCUGUUGAAAGCGAAGAACUGAGGAAGUCUGCCUUCGACAAGGUGGUCAAGCGGCUGAAAGAAAAGGAAGAAGACGCCGACAAGGACCGAGAACGGAGGCAUUCUAGACGAGGUGAUGAUCGAGAUCAUCGAAACGGCCAUCGUGGUGAAACUAGAUACGGCCGACUCUCUAAGACUCCAGAGCCUGAUGCUUACGAGGCAGAUCGCCGCAAGGCACAGGCAGCUCGGGAAAAACAAUACAGAAAGGCGAGUGGGUUCAGCCCCCCACCCUCGCACCCUCGGGAGCGAAGAGAACGCGACGAGAGGCACGGCCGCCUCGAUCGUGACAGAACACCUCCAACCCGACGUAUGAGUGCUUACGAGCGUGAACGGCGCGAGAGAGAAGAAGAACGAGAGCGUCUAUAUCGUACACGAGCCGAACCGCGCAGCAGCAGAGACGAACUCAAUUACGGCGAAGAAUCAAGGAGCAUCACGGGCAGCGAUCGACGACGAAGAAGGGAGGGAAGUGAAGACAGCGUUGAGAGUGGACGGCGUAGCGCAAAGCGGAAUCGUCGAGAGAGAAGAUCGCGGUCGCGCGAGAAGGCGAAGAGCAAGACGCCCGAACCGUCGUCGGUCAAAAAAGACAAGGACAGUGAAAUGCUUCAAGUCCCGGAACCGAGCGGAGUGCAUUCGGGAAGCGAGGAAGGAGAGAUCGAGGAGGAUUGA